UAUCCUCGUUGGCGGAUGUGACACCGGGGAUCAGGCAGUCCGCAGAUCCUCCUCCAGCAGCGCGCAAUGAUCCAGCACAUUCGUCCUGGACAGAGCUGCAUGCUGUGGAUCCGAUCACACCGUCACGGUUCCGCGUAAAGCUUGAAUUUUCUUUACAUACCAAACGACCGGUGGCUCUUUUAAGUCGAAAACGCAGUUUUUUUGUUUUCAGAGGUGUGUCUUCCUGCAGCAGAUAGAGGGGAUUUCCCUCGGUGUUCAGCCACAGGCUCACCUGCAGAGACAGGACCAUGCGCUCCCAGGCUGCGCUUCCCCGGUUUGGCUCCCUUUUGUGUCUCCUUUUCCUCCCCUCUGUUUUGUCCUCCUCUUCUCGGCGUCAAUGGAUUCUCCAGCGUAUCCCUGUGGUCCUGCCCCAGCAAACAGAGGCUGGGCCGACCCCGCAUUUUGUGAAUGAGGCCCGCCUGGAUGUUGCCUCCCCCUGUGACCCCGAAUGCCACAAGAAAGCCCCUCGUCCCAGCUACUGGGAUUUGCGCAGCUUUUUGGCCUACGAGACUCUCCACUCUAAUGGUCAACUCACAGAGACUGCUGUUGGGAUUUAUGGCUACAGUCCAUAUGCCAGUACCAGUCCAGCUCACUCCUCUGGGUCUUCUGUUAAGGCUAAGGGGUCCCACGUCAGAAGAAAACGACAGAUAUUUGGACAUGAUGGACGUUUCAGUAUUGCAGGGCAGAACUUCCUACUCAAGUACCCCUUCUCGGUGACGGUCAAACUGUCCACUGGAUGUUCUGGUACACUAGUGGGGGAACGACACGUUCUGACAGCGGCUCAUUGUGUCCAUGACGGCAAAAACUAUGUGAAAGGAGCCCAGAGGCUUCGGGUUGGCUUUUUGAAGUCAAAGCAACGGGAUGCACAAGAUCCAUCUGUCUACCUUCCCUCUAACUUCACCAAUCACAUAGAGGGAGGUGCUGCUCAAUACUCCCCACCUGUCAAUGACAAAAUGAAGUUCCAAUGGAUCAGAGCCAAGCGCACCCAUGUUCCUAAAGGUUGGAUUAAAGGAAAUGCAAAUGAAAUCGGGAUGGACUACGACUACGCUUUACUGGAAUUGAAAAAACCACACAAACGUCGCCACAUGAAGCUGGGAGUCAGCCCCCCAGCUCAGAGACUUCCUGGCCGUCGUGUCCACUUCUCAGGAUUUGACAACGACCGCCCAGGACAGCUGGUGUAUCGCUUCUGUCAGGCUGGUGAGGAGACGUCGGAUUUGCUGUACCAACACUGUGAUGCUCAGCCUGGGGCCAGCGGCUCUGGAGUCUAUGCCCGGAUGUGGGAUGGGCGGCGCCGGCGUUGGGAGCGAAAGGUGAUAGGUGUGUUUUCGGGCCACCAGUGGGUAGAGAAGAAAGGAACAUCUCAGGAAUUUAAUGUGGCAGUGAGAAUCACACCUCUUAAAUAUGCACAGAUUUGCUACUGGAUUAAAGGAAACUUUGUGGACUGCAGAGAAGGAUGAGGACGUUGAAAGGGAUGCAGUAACUAAAAGAACUGUGCCAUACUCUAGGAACUUUUUCAGAUUUUGUUAAGCUACAACCACAAACUUCAACACAUUUUAAGUUUGUACACAGUUGUAGUGUAAGAAAAAUGAUGCACAGUUUUCAUGAUUAUUAAAAAAACAUUUAAAGUGU